GCCACUUUAGGCAACGCGUCUCCCCCACUCACGUUUUCUAUCUGCUACAGUUCACGCACCAUCCGCCAGUACAUGCGAUCACACUGAUAAGCAGAUUAACAGGACCAAUUGCGGAUAAAAUAACAGAGAUCCAAAAGAACGAGUUAAACCCACAUUCACCACCAACACACCCUCACCCAACAGCCGCUGUUGUCCCAUCCGCAACAUGUCCGACUUUGAAGAUGAGAUGGACGUCGAUGUCCAGGCAGCUCCCUCCAACGACAUUAGCUUCUCUGCUGGCGCCAGUAAAGGCAAACGCAGUACAGCAAACUUGCCCGUAGAAGCCGAAGAUACUCUACCAUGGGUUGAAAAGUACCGACCAGUAACGUUGGAAGACGUCUCUGGCCACCAAGACAUUCUCGCCACGAUCAACAAGUUCGUCGACUCUAAUAAGCUCCCACAUCUGCUACUCUACGGCCCUCCCGGUACCGGAAAGACAUCUACGAUUCUUGCAUUGGCCCGACGCAUCUACGGUGCUGCUAACGCCCGCCAAAUGGUUCUGGAGCUGAAUGCUUCCGACGACCGAGGUAUCGACGUUGUCCGAGAGCAAAUCAAGACAUUUGCUAGCACAAAACAAAUCUUUACAAUGGGCGGAGCGUCGGCCAAGUCCAACUCCAUCGCCGGCUUCAAGCUUAUUGUGCUUGAUGAGGCCGAUGCCAUGACCAACACAGCUCAGAUGGCUCUGCGACGAAUCAUGGAGAAAUACACAGCGAACACCCGGUUCUGUAUCAUUGCAAACUACGCACACAAGCUGAGCCCUGCUCUUCUCAGUAGAUGCACGCGAUUCCGAUUCAGCCCCCUCAAGGAAGCCGACAUCCGCGUGCUCGUGGAGAAGGUUGUCGAAGAGGAAAACGUACAGAUUGGAGCCGAGGCUGUGGAUGCCCUGGUGAAGCUUAGCAAGGGUGAUAUGAGACGAGCUCUCAAUGUGCUGCAAGCCUGCCACGCAUCAAGUACACCACUACGAGCAAAGGAUGCACCUAAAAUACCCGAAAGUGAAAUCAAGCGACAAAUGAUUACCACACAAACGAUAUACAACUGCAUUGCUGCCCCUGAUCCCGAAUCCAUCAAGAAGAUCAUGAGCACCCUGCUCGAAACCUCCGAUGUCACGAGCUGCCUGAGCACUAUCAACACCCUCAAGGUCUCCCAGGGUUUGGCUCUGGCCGAUAUUAUUACAGCGCUUGCUGAGGAGCUGUCACAACUCGAAGUCGGUCCCGAAGUAAUGAUUACAUGGCUGGAUGGAUUGGCAGAUAUCGAGCAUCGUGUGUCUGGCGGAGGUAGCGAACUUAUUCAGACUGGCGCUGUGGUUGGUGUGGUCCGCAGCGGUGUUGAACUGAUGAGCAAAUAAAACGGGAAAAUUAGUGACAUGAUUAUGUAGAUUAUCCUUUUUUAGCGUCAAUUAAAAAAAAAGACAAAUAGUAACCAUUUGCAUGUAUCCGUCA